AUGAUUCGAUUCCACACCACCGUGUUGGUCAUAUACCUCGCUAUUCUCUCGGUUGUCCUGGCGGCAGCUAUUCCGUCUGCUUCGUCGGAUUCCUCUACCAGCGGAGAAGCGGUACUUGUCAAGGUAAAUAUCGCGCUUGCUUGCACUGCAGGACUUUUCAAAAGAAAGGGCAAUUAACACGAAUAUAGCGUGAUGGAAAACCGAGACCUAAAGGUGUGAAGUGUUGCAAUGAUGAAGACAUGUAA